AUGCAGCCACCGGACUUAAACGAACAACUCGAACGCUUUUGGCAAGUGGACAAUUUCGACGUCGGAAAAGCGUUAACCGCGGAUGAAAAGGAGGUAGAAACGCACUUCGAAAAAACGUUUUCGCGGAGUAACGACGGCCGGUAUGUGGUUCGAUUACCUCUUCGCGAAGAACUAGUUCCAUUGUUGGGUGACUCAUACAGCACAGCUGUUCGUCGUUUUUUGCUAUUGGAGAAGAGGCUGUCAGCUGAUCAGCAAUUGCGAGAAGAUUACGAGAAGUUUAUGCAGGAGUAUGUGAUGUUGGGCCAUAUGGAAGUGUGCCGUCGCGUCGCGGGCCCGCAGUUCUUUCUUCCGCACCAUGCAGUGCGACGCCCUGAUAAUACCACCACCAAAACACGAGUCGUGUUCGAUGCUAGCUGCAAGGCAUCGGGUCAGCUGUCCCUGGACGACGUUCUCCACACAGGUCCGACGGUACAACCAGCUCUUCUAUCUACAGUUCUCAACUUUCGAAAGCCGAAGUAUGUCUUCACAGCAGACAUAGAAAAAAUGUUUCGCCAAGUAUGGGUACAUCCAGCUGACCGAAAAUAUCAACAGAUCAUUUGGCGAAAAGAUCCCUCCUUACCCCUCCAAGUCUACCAACUCAAGACUGUAACAUACGGUCUAGCCAGUUCACCGUAUCAUGCUGCACGCGUUCUCAACCAGCUUGCCACCGAUUAUCAUCAUGAUUACCCUCUCGCCUCCUCAAUUGUAAAGCAUCGAACGUACGUGGAUGAUACAUUAGCCGGAUAUGAUGAUUUAGCCGAAGCAACCGAAGCCUGUCGUCAACUUGUAGAAAUGCUGAAAAUUGCUGGUUUUACUUUGCGCAAGUGGUGUUCCAAUCAUCCAAAGGUUCUCGAAAAUGUCCCCGAAGAACUUUGGAAUCAUUCGUCGCAGACCGAGAUCGGUCCGUCCUCAACAACAACAAAAACUCUUGGCCUUUUGUGGAACCCCCAAACAGAUACAUUCAGCUUUAAAAUUCCAUCGUUGUGUACCGCCAACCCACUUACGAAACGGGUGGUAGUAUCCGAAAUGUCGCAAUUGUAUGACCCCAUGGGUCUCGUCGGGCCUGUAGUAGUCAGUUGUAAAGUGUUCGUACAACGGCUAUGGGCUGCAAGUGUCGAGUGGGAUGCUCCACUUUCCGAAGACGAUCGCUCCUGGUGGAAUGAAUUUCGUGAUGGUAUACAAGAUCUCCAACAUCUCUCCAUCCCCCGUCGUGUUUUGGCUAACGUCGAUAAUAAGUACACAUUGCAUUGUUUCUGUGAUGCGUCGAAACAUGCCUAUGGAUGCUGUGUGUAUGUGGUAAGCAAGGGAUCAGAUGAUCGCACUCAUAGCCAGCUGUUGAUCGCUCAGUCUCGCGUCGCACCUUUUCGUAAUCUGACCAUUCCGAGACUUGAGCUGUGUGCGGCAGUUCUAGCCAGCCAGAUGAUGGAGAAACUACGGACAACAACAGAAUUCGAUGGACCAACGGUGUUUUGGUCCGACUCAACUGUCGUGCUACACUGGAUUCGUUCUCCACCCCCAGAUUGGAAACCCUUCGUCUCGAAUAGAAUUGCCGAAAUACAGAGGUCAACAAAAAACUCCCAGUGGAGACACAUUCGCACCGAUAUCAACCCAGCUGAUAUCCUUUCUAGAGGGGCAUGGCCCUCCCAGAUUCUCGACAACGAUCUUUGGUGGUAUGGACCAGACUUUCUCGUGGCCGCUCCGGAGUUCUGGCCACCCGUUCUUCCAACCGCCAAUCUCCAGUCUGUGGAACGAGACGAGAUGAACAUUGAAAAGCGUCAACGUUAUACUCCGACUGCUGAAGGUCGUAGCUCCAAAUGGCGGCAGGCGGUCAAAAAUGUCGACGUGGGAAAUCUCGUCCUUCUGCGACACGACAAUCUACCCACGUACCAAUGGAACCUCGGCCGAGUAGACGAAACGAUCAAAGGCGAAGAUGGGCUGGUGCGCGUAGUGCUGGUCCGAACUGCGCGUGGUGUGUUCCGCCGAGUUGUUACCGAAGUCUGCGUGCUGCCGGUCGAUACUGCUGACGGUGACGACAUCGAUGCUGACGAAGCUGGAGACAAAGGAGGUGCUGCUGAUCAAGAAGGUUGA